AUGGCAACUGAAUCCUCCUGCAGCAGCUCUUCCACUUCCCAACAUGAAGAUGAUAACAAACAAAAUCAACUUCCAAACUCUAAUUCGAACAAGUCAAUUGACUUUGUAAAUCUAUUAAAAAAUGAUUUGAUUCGUGGGUCUGAAGUGCAAGAGCACAACUUUUUUAGCCCUGUCCAAGUUGGUUCUUCAUCUUAUUUUCCUAAUCACAACAAUGAAAAGAAUAAUUCUAAUUCAAAGUCUUAUUCAUGCUUCUACGGCAAGAGCCAAUAUUCUUCUUUACGAGCAUUAAAAGGACACCAAAAUGCUCAUAGAACAGAACGUGCAAUACAAAAGCAACUAAUUCAUCAAAGGUACGAAGAUGGUUCUUUAGGUUUAGGGCAACUUCCUUUUAACCCUUAUUUAAAUUAUCGUAUUACUCCUUUUACACCUUCUCCUAUUGAACCUUUUACACCUUAUCCUAUUACUCCUUUUACACCUUAUAGGCCACUUGGGAUUAGAAUGAAAUCAUUGAUUCAAAAAUCACCUUAUAUUAGCCCUAGGAUUGAUCAUGGUGCUUUAUGUUUGCAAGACAUAUUAAACCCAAAUCUUGUUAGCUUGAGAAAAAAUAUUCAAGGAAGCAAUAGUGGGGUUGCAAGUCUAGGUAUUGGGGGUGCAACUACUUCAAGAAUUGAUGAUGAAAUUGGAAGAAAUAAUAAAAAUGGUGAUAUUCUAAAACUUGGAAAAUCUUCUACAAAUAUUGUGGCUUCUACAUCUACCAUGAAUGAUAUUGAUAAUUCAAAGGCAAAUAUUGAAGAAGAACUCUCUGAUUGUGAAUCUUCUACGGUUGAUUUGUCACUUAAGCUUUAA